UAUUAAACCAAUAAACAAAAUAAUGAGACGUGUUCAAGAAGCUUACCUACGCGAUCCCCCCUCUCAAAAGUUGGACAAGUUUUUUGACGAUUUAUUCAGUGAAGCAUUGCAAUGUGUCAACGAAUCUUACCAGUGGCCAACCACUUCACAAACUAGUGGUGUGACUGUAAGGCAAAAGCCGCGCCAAAAUGACCACGACCACAAGAUUCUUCAACGAAGCAGUGUACAUUCCGAAGUCACCUACGAUCAGUUACGCGAACUCUUGUUCGUCAACCAUUCACUCAACGAAACCAAGUACGUCGAACUUAUGGUGGAAGCCAAGGAACUGUUUGCCCUAUCAUCCCAACAUAACAAUAAGAAUACCCCAAAACAAGCCGCUGGCGGUGGAGCAGGAACAGGAGGAGCUGCGGGCGUAUAUUGGCUAGGGUUCAAAGCAACCCUGGCUUCAAGUCGUGAAUUUAUUGAAUUAGUCGCCACACGUGAACAAAAGGACGAGACGAACGGAUUACGUGAGUUUUUUGUCGUGUCAAAACCUGUUGAGCCAACCAAUUUGCGGCCAGUGCGUAAUUACGUUCGUGGAUGUUACGAGGCUUGGGAACGGGUACGCGAAUUGCAAGAUGGCGAAGUCGAGUGGACGUGUAUCCAACGGUCAGAUCCAGGUGGAUGGGUGCCGCGAUGCUUAUCCGAUUGGAUCAUCGCUAAAGAGUUUCAUAAAGAUGUGGGAUCUAUUAUUCAUUAUAUUGCCGAAAAUAACACAAAGAAGUCUUCACACAUGAAUGAUUCUGCUACCAAGGUUCAUUAACAAGCAAUGAAAAACGAUACAUAUCAAUAAAUGCAG